AUGAUCAGUCAACGUGUCCCGUGGGAGAAAAAAUCGACAAUAUCGGCAACGACAGUUGUUCCGGAUUUAAACAUCAGUGAAUGGGACAAAGAUACGUCGAUAUCGCUGAAUGGUAUAAACAGUUUACUUCCACCACUCAAUACCAGUGUUUGCGAUCAUAAUGCCACUAUUCAUAUGGACUUAUCUGGAGCAUCGGAAUCUACAAUCGAAGUGGUCACAACAUCAGUGAGUCCUCAAGCAGCAAUUUGUAAUGCUCUUUUAUCCAUGCGUCCAUCGGUCAUUCAACAGCCGCCAACCAAGAAGGUGGUACUUGGUCGUCAAGCAGAACAACUUUUAACGUGUGAAGAAGCAUUACCUCAGAUGAGGGAGAAAGAAGAGCGAGCAGCCAAGAAAGCGACACCAGUUCAGAAAAGGACAUCAGUGAAAGAGAAAAGAAUUCCAAAGCAAAGAAAUUGUGCACAAUUGAAGAUGUUAGUGUUAGAACAAUUUGUCAAAGAUGAUGCUUUAACCGGUGUCCAUAAUAGAAUGUCUUUUCUGGCAUUAAAUAGCAAACAAGGCGCAGCACGAUCUCAGCAUGUGAAAGAAAUAGAUCGAUCAUUGAAUCAACCAGCAAUACAUCAUUUACAAAUAAUUGCACAUUUGAUAGGCAAGGUCGAAUAUCGUUUAAGUAAAAAACCGUUUGAUAGUCAUAGUGAAAAGAAAGAUGUUUGUCAUAAAUUUAUAAUCAAAGCAAGAAAAACAAUACAAGAAUUAUUUAUUACAAAUGCAGUUAAACGAAAUGAAUUUGGUACACCUGUUCUCUAUGUCGAAUUAGAUACAUGUAUACAACAAUCUUAUUCAUUGUGGCAAGAAGGGACAGUGGUUGAAAAGAGUAAAAAUGGUAGUUAUCUGAAAGAGCCGAUACCAAAGGAUCCGGCUGAAAGAAUUGAAUUCGAAAAACGCCUCGAUAAACAUAACCUUUCAUUAACCGUUUUUCAACGGUCAUAUGAAUUAUCAGUUAAUCCUCUGAAAUCUACCAUUUCAUCGAGAUUUAUAAACCAUUAUACAGCAUCGUCAAAUUUACCCAAAUAUGUAAGUGAAUUUCAUAAAUAUAAACAUAAUGCUGAUAUGAUGAAGAAAAUCAAUGAGUUGCUGAUAGACGAACAAAUUCGGUCAAUACAAGGAAGUAAUGGUGUACAAUAUGAAAUUCGUCCAAAUCCUAUACAAUUCUUUAAUCAACAAUCACCAUCGAAUAGUUCAAUUGCGACGAUUGGACAAGAUGGUUCACCUCUGGCACUAAACGCAUCAUCAGCACAUACGGAUCAAACGCAACAAUUUCAUCUGUUAGAUACGCCAUCAAGAACUACAACAAUAUCACCGUCGACAACUUCUCGUCACAGUCAUCAUAGUUCAGUUCGCAAUCGUUUACUCUGA